GCCGGUGUGCGGGGCAGGGCAGGGCGCACUGGUAGGGCGCGCCGGGGGCCGCCACCCCACCAUGCUCAAGCGCUGCGGCCGACGCCUGCUGCUGGCGCUGGCGGGCGCGCUGCUCGCCUGCCUGCUGGUUCUCACAGCCGACCCGCCGCCGCCCCCUGUGCCCGCCGAGCGCGGCCGGCGCGCGCUGCGCAGCCUGGCGGGCCCCGCGGGGGCGGCCCCGGCGCCCGGGCUGGAGGCGGCGGCGGCGCCCGCUGCGCUCGCCCGCGAGGUGCAUAGUCUGUCCGAGUACUUCAGCCUGCUGACCCGCGCGCGCAGAGACGCGGGCCCACCGCCCGGGGGCGCCCCCCGCCCCGCCGACGGCCAGCCGCAUGCCCCGGCCGAGUCGCUGGCGCCCCACGACGUCUUCAUCGCGGUCAAGACCACUAGAAAGUUUCACCGCGCGCGCCUCGACCUACUGCUGGAGACCUGGAUCUCGCGCCACAAGGAGAUGACGUUCAUUUUCACCGACGGGGAUGAUGAAGCCCUGGCCAGGCGCACGGGCCACGUGGUCAAUACCAACUGCUCAGCUGCCCACAGCCGCCAGGCGCUGUCCUGCAAGAUGGCCGUGGAGUUCGACCACUUCAUCGAAUCAGGGAGGAAGUGGUUCUGCCACGUGGACGACGACAACUACGUCAACGUGAGGGCUCUGCUGCGGCUACUGGCCAGCUACCCACACACGCAGGACGUGUACAUCGGCAAGCCCAGUCUGGACCGGCCCAUCCAGGCCACGGAGAGGGUCAGCGAGAACAAGAUGCGCCCCGUCCACUUCUGGUUUGCCACCGGCGGGGCUGGCUUCUGCAUCAGCCGUGGGCUGGCCCUGAAGAUGAGCCCAUGGGCCAGCAGGGGCCACUUCAUGAGCACAGCCGAGCGGAUCCGCCUGCCAGAUGACUGCACCAUUGGCUACAUCGUGGAGGCCCUGCUGGGCGUGCCGCUCAUCCGCAGCGGGCUCUUCCACUCCCACCUGGAGAACCUGCAGCAGGUGCCUGCCUCCGAGCUCCAUGAGCAGGUGACCCUCAGCUAUGGCAUGUUUGAGAGUAAGCGGAAUGCCAUCCACAUGAAGGGGCCAUUCUCGGUGGAGGCUGACCCAUCCAGGUUCCGCUCCAUCCACUGCCACCUGUACCCAGACACACCCUGGUGUCCCCACACCGCCGUCUUCUAGCAGCCAUGGUUGAAACCCCGUCCUCGGGCGCCCCUGGUAUCCAAAGGGCCCGGGGACCCGUGUAGAGCCGCCCUGGCCUUGGCAUUCGAGACUCCCCCAGGGCUGUGCCUGCGUGUGCGCACCGCGUGCAGUCUGCGGAGCAGGCUGCUGGGCAGUUCCGCUCUGCUGAGGAGCAGGCGAUCAUGCCGCUUGUCUGCUCCGUGGGGCCGCCGCCUCCUGAGCCCCAUCCCAGCAGGAUGGGCAGCAGAGGUCACCCUGCAGGCAGUUUUAUUAUCGCGGGGUCUCUGGGCAGCAUGGGGUCAGGGGCUGCUCUGCCGGGAUAGGCAGGUGCCUUUCCCUUCCUGUCCGUUGCAGGCUGGGGGCUGGGGGACCCUGUCUCUGGAGAUCCUGGCCCCCCCACCUCCAAACCCCCAGCACAGCUGAGCCACACUCAGUGCAUAGAAAGAAGCUGGGUUUAGGAGGAGUGGCCCAAGUCCCCUGCUCCUGCUGGCUCUGGACUCCGAGGGACAGCAGACAGCACCUGCGUCCUGCCAGCACCACCUCCGGCCCCCAUUAAGUCCCUAGUGGCCGUGGGGUGAGGGGAGUAGGGGCUCCCCUCCUGACCAUCCUGGGUGGGUAGUCUUCCCAGUCCUCAUGGUCUCUUUGUCUCCCCGUGUUGGGAAGACAGAGCUGAGCAUUUCAUCUCCUCUGGAAGCAGAGAGAAUGUCGCCCAUAGUGGGCGUGUCUGUAAAUAUUUGUGACAGUAAUUUUUUACUGUGCUUUUUUUUCAUAAGGGGGUGGGUAAAAGGGUGUUUUUGUCUGUUUUUCGGGGGGUGGGGUGGGGCAGGGUGGGUGUUAUUUUAUCUUUUCUGUGGAUCAGAAAAAGCAGAAGCCAAACUUGAGAUAAUCUUUGUUGUUCAAAGCGGUGGAAAGGCCUAGCCCCCCAGCGUAUUUAUGUGUCCCUGCGUGCGGACUGCCCGUGCCCCGUCCUGCACGUUACCUGUCUCCCGCAGGCCUGGUGUGGCCCACCGGGCCCGUGGCGUGUGUUUUGUCUUCUGUUUUUCUUUCUGCAAAGACAGAGCUUGGAAAGCGACGGAUAAUGGAAAAGUUCUCAGGGAAUUGAAGUGUGGUUGCCAUGGUGACGUCCUUUGCUGUGAAUAAAGGUGCUCUUUGGGGCAA